AUGGCAACCAACAAGUUUGCAAGCAUGUUGCACAGGAACACUCCCAUGUUGAUUGUAAUUCUAGUCUAUGCUGUUCUUGAAUGGAUUUUGAUAAUACUCCUCCUCCUCGACUCUUUGCUCAGUUACUUGAUCAACAAAUAUGCCAACUACUUCGGCCUGAAACCACCUUGUCCGUUGUGUACUCCUAGAAUCGAACGCGUCCUGGAACAAGGCAAGAGCUCAAACAACUCUUACACAGAUGUUGUAUGUGAGAGCCAUGCCACUCAGAUAUCCAACAUGUUUCGCCGUCCUUGUUCCGAACCUUCUUGCGGUUCUUUGGAGUAUGUGCGGAAAGGGAAUUCAGCUGUAGAAGCUGUGGAUGAUGGAAGCAAUGGAGGUAAGUAUCAAAGCGCAAACAAACCUGAAAGCCUGUCAACUCACAGUUACAAUGGCUAUGAGUUGGAGACAACGAAUGAAGAACAUGAGGACGAUAGAGUGGCAGACGAGCAACAACUUACAUCGGAUGUUUGCAGUUCUAGCUUCAGAGGCAUUGCAGUGGAAGAUUGUCAAAGGUCUAGAUCAAUAUUGCUAUGUCAGGAAAAUGAUGCAGAUAAAGAUAACAAAGGAGGUUCUCUUGACAUUGCGCGGUCAGAUUCUAACAGCACGAAACUUGUCCAUCAAUCUUCCGAUGCUAGUGCUACCAGCAUUCAAUGUUGCUUUGAAGAAGAUUACUCUCUUGAAAUCAUCCCCCUAUCUUCCGAGAAUGGUUUGAUCUGUGCUCACAAUCAUCGGUUGAUUCCCGUUGAGUUGAUUGAUUUUUCAACUACAGUAGACCAAGUAACCCGCAAUGUAAAAGAGGAGGAGGUGAGAGAGCAUGAUCAUAAAGGAGUAAAUUUCGCCUCUGAGUCGAACAUCGGAUCUGAACCUCAACUCUCUGGAGAACCAUCAUUAGUACUUGUCACAAACGAGAGUGCAGUUAACACAAGUAAUGGAGAAGUCGAAAGCUUAGAUACGUCCAGGGGUUUUACUGAUAACUCUUCUGACGUAGACGCGGAAGAGGUAAAACAAGAUUUGGUUUGCAAGCCAUGUGACGAAGUUGUCACUGCUCCAGGAGCUCAAACAUUAUUUGUUCGAAUUGAAGAACCCGAUAAGAAAGAACGAAAUGAUCCACCAGCAUCUGAAGAAGAAAGUAUUUUUGCAAACACAGAAGAGUAUGACCGUGCAAGUGAUCACCCUCGGGCUCAAGAAGGUUCUUCUUCUCCGUGCUUUGAAAUUCCCAAUGUACCUGAUACAUUCUCGGCUCAGAGUGAUUACGGUACAAGGCAUACUGAAGCAGCUACACCGCAAGAGGAAACAAGUAUGCCUGAAAAGGCUCAAGAACGAGGGGAAGAGAAGAUUCCUGACUCAACAACAUCUGUAAACAGUCUUUGUUCCUUGCACAAGAAACCAGAUGAUAAAAUAGAGUCGGCAGUAGAAGAGUAUUUGGAUGGAAGUGUGGUGAGCGAGACAGAAGAGAGGGAUCCUUUUACAACCAUUGGACGGCUCAAAGAAGCGCUGACCGCUGAGCGUAAAUCUCUAAGUUCUUUAUAUGCAGAACUAGAGGAAGAGAGGAGUGCAUCUGCAAUUGCCGCCAACCAGACUAUGGCUAUGAUAACAAGGCUUCAAGAAGAGAAGGCAGCAAUGCAAAUGGAGGCAUUGCAAUACCAGAGGAUGAUGGAAGAACAAUCCGAGUACGACCAGGACGCCUUACAACUUCUGAAUGAUCUGAUGAACAAGAAGGAGAAGGAAAAGCAAGAACUAGAGAGAGAAUUGGAAAUAUAUCAAAAGAAAGUCCAAGAUUAUGAGGAAAAAGAGAAGGCAAGGACCAUGAGCAGAAUUAAAUAUGGAAGUAUAAGAAGUAGGAAUUCUUCUGCUUCUUGCAGCCAGUCGUGGGAUAGUGAUGCGCUAUCGAUUGAUCUUAAUGUUGAAGUUAGGGACGAAGAAAGCGGCUUCGGUGGCCAUCAAGAAAGCAAUGACAAAAACAAUACCACAGACGAUGCAGAUCUGAGUUUGGAAGAUUUGGCUCUGGAUUGUGUUAAAAAUAUGAGUGUUCUUGAUGAAUCGCUAGCAGGAUUCGAGGAAGAGAGGCUGUCCAUUCUGGAUCAGCUCAAAGCCUUGGAGGAGAAGCUAAUCACAUUGGGUGCAAAUGAGGAAUUAGCCGAGGACUUUAAGCUAGUUGAGCAUUCCCCAACGUGCAGCCUCAAAUACUCCGAAGAGAAUCAUGAUGUUAGCAGUCCAGAAGAAAAUGGGAUAGAUAGACAUCAUCCCGAGGAAAAGACAUUGGAUUCCAUGGCAAAGAGGCUUCUUCCGCUUUUGGAUGCAACUGACGAUGAAACCGAAGAAGGGUUAACUCAUGAAGAACACGCUGAUCAAUCAGAAUCAAUUGAAAUGAUGCGGAGCUCAAUUACCAAUUUCGAACUGAAUGAUGGAAAAAUAGCCAUUGAAGAGGAGGUGGAUCAUGUUUAUGAGAGGCUACAAGCUCUUGAAGCAGACAGGGAGUUUCUCAAGCACUGCAUGAGCUCCAUACAGAAGGGAGACAAAGGGGUGGAUCUUCUCCAAGAGAUUUUGCAACAUCUGCGGGAUCUGAGGGUUGUUGAACUCCGCGUCAAGAACAUGAAUGAUCCCGAGGGCGAUGAAGUUGCAGUUGAAUGAUACCAGGGGAAUCCAAUUAAGAGAUGGCACAAAGAUGUUUUUAUGCUUCUUCCGCUUCUAGAUUACCAUCUCUCUUUGC